AUGCCUGCACUACCCUCCUUUGUCGUUGAAGAAGUCAAGAUCUUCACAGGUCAUGAGUUCAUUGAGAAUGGCUUCGUCAUCAUCCAGGAUGGGCUUAUCAAUGAAGUUGGCCGAGGACAGUUUACUCGAAGCGACCUCGAGGGAAUCACUAGAAUUUCUCGACCUGGAUCCACGCUGAUUCCGGGACUGUUCGACGCGCAUAUCCACGCCAUGUCGGGUAAUAUCAACAGCAUGGAACAGUCUCUGCGAUUCGGCUGCACCACUGUGUGCGACCUGCACAAUGACCCAGCAGAUAAUGCCCGCUUGAUGAAGUUGGCGAGCGAACAAGCCAACAAGUCGAAAUAUGCAGAUUUCAAGUGUUGCGGCCUUGGAGCCGUCUUCGAAAAUGGCUGGCCCAAGCAGGUCAUCAAGAAGGUACUCGAAGACCAUCCUCAAGUGGACGAAAUUGUCGAUCAUGUUGUCUCGACUUGGCCAAAGAUUCGAGAGCCGGAAGACGCCGAGCCUUUCGUGCGGCAGCAGGUCGAGGAACACGGUGCCUCUUACAUCAAAGUUUUCCACGAGCUUGGAGAUACUUUGGGGAUAGACUUGGUAUCGCCACGUCACGAAGUCGUGAAGGCUGUAGUGGAUGCAGCACACAAACAUGGUGUUAUAGCUGUGGGCCAUGCUCUUAGCCAGGCUGGGGCCAUGGCGCUCCUCGACGCUGGCAUUGACGGCCUGGCCCACAUCUUUCUGGACGAAUCAUCUAGUGAUUUCAUCACGAGAAUGGCGUCUCAGCAAGUUCACUGCAAUCCGACGUUGGUCUUAUGCGCUUCCCACACUACGGAGAACCGAGAAAUUCGUCAGCAGUUUCUAGCCGACCCUUUCGCAAAGAAGAUGAUGAUGGAAGAGCCUAUAGACAAGCCAUUGGGGUUUGCAGAGCAUCAACGACCAAAGGCCAGCGUUCAACAUGCGUACAGAACUGUCAGAUCCCUCUAUCAGGCUGGAGUCCCUAUACUUGCAGGGACUGAUGCGUCUGGCCAAGGUUUUGACAUUCCCUUCGGCCUUGGUGUACAUUUGGAGCUGUACUUGCUUGCACAUGAGGUUGGGAUGACUCCAGAGGAUGUCCUCAAGACCGCGACAUCGAUCCCCGCAGAUCGAUUUGGAUUCAAUGACCGGGGAAGAAUCGAAGCGGGAAGAAAGGCUGACUUGGUUCUGCUAGAGUGUGAUGCUGCCUCAUUCUUGUCUGACCGGUACCAGCGGUGUUUACCGGUCACUGGUGUAUGGAGAGACGGAGAGCUUACGACGGUGUUCAGUGAUGGGUUCCCAGAGUUGAGGUAA